AUGCGCUCCAAGUUCAAGGAUGAGCACCCGUUUGAGAAGCGCAAGGCCGAAGCUGAGCGUAUUCGCCAGAAAUACACAGACCGCAUUCCAGUAAUCUGCGAAAAGGUCGAAAAGUCGGACAUCGCAACCAUCGACAAGAAGAAGUACCUCGUCCCAGCCGAUCUCACAGUGGGCCAGUUCGUCUAUGUCAUCCGCAAGCGCAUCAAGUUGUCCCCCGAGAAGGCCAUUUUCAUCUUCGUCGAUGAGGUGCUUCCUCCGACCGCCGCGUUAAUGAGCAGUAUCUAUGAAGAGCACAAGGAUGAUGAUGGGUUUUUGUACAUUACGUAUGUGUCUUCGAUAUCUACCUCUCGUGCCGUGGCGUUGAAAAACGGCUAA